AUACAUGAUUGUAUGCUUUAAACAUUCUCUCCUUUAUUGUGAUAAGAUCUAAUACGAACUCUCUUCUAUUCAGUCAGGUCAAUUCAGUGAGGAUAUGAUUCCUACAGUGGGAUUCAACAUGAGAAAAGUUACUAAGGGUAAUGUGACAAUAAAGAUCUGGGAUAUAGGAGGGCAGCCGCGAUUCCGAAGCAUGUGGGAGCGAUAUUGCAGAGGUGUUAAUGCUAUUGUAUAUAUGGUAGAUGCGGCAGAUCGUGAAAAGAUAGAAGCUUCUCGAAAUGAGCUGCAUAACCUUCUAGACAAACCACAGUUACAAGGCAUCCCUGUUCUAGUACUUGGAAACAAGAGAGACCUUCCUAAUGCUCUGGAUGAGAAGCAGCUAAUUGAAAAGAUGAAUCUGGCUGCUAUUCAGGACAGAGAAAUUUGCUGCUAUUCAAUUUCUUGCAAAGAAAAGGAUAAUAUAGAUAUCACGCUUCAGUGGCUUAUUCAACAUUCAAAAUCUAGAAGAAGCUGAAGUCUUCCUGGAAUCUCUCAUCUGGCCAUAAUCUCAGAAAUGUCCACAUCCUCCAUAAUGAAUUACUACCCAAUAGUCCUCUUGUAUCCAAGAAAUGGCCUUUUCCAGUUCAUUUCUCAUGUGCACUGCUGAAGACAUCUAUUCCUGUUCCUAUCACAAAGAAUCAAUUAGAGUUGUCAUGAUAAAGUCAGCACAAAAGAUUUAUUUUACAGCCGUCUGAAGAAUGUGUGUGUGGAGGGUCUUUUUAAAUUAUCUGUACCAUAUUAAAUCAGAGUACCUUUCUGUUCUGGUCUUUCUGGGCCAGAUUUUUAUAUUUGAUUUUUCAGAAAAUGUUGAAGUUUUUAUUUUGUGUGUUCAGUGGCUUGAAGAAGCUGGCACUGCACAGCAUCAAGAUUCUAGUACCAUAUAAGGCAUUUAGAAAACCUUUAAGCAUGACAUGUGAAAUGCUAACUUAUUUUUAUCUCUCAAAUGCAAGUGAGGUGUGUAUUGAAAGAUUUAGAAAUGGAAACUGUCUGCAUAGGGGAGCACUAGGUCAGCUUCACUAAUUCUUCUACAGAUGGGACUUUGUGGUCACUUUUUUUAGACAUCACUUUUCGAAUGAAUUAGAAAAGCAAAAUCUUAUUUGUCCAGAACAUUACUUGUAUCGUCCUUUUUGUUUAGUGUUUUAUGGGGAUGGAAAUGGAAUAUUUUACUAAAAGCUUACAACAGGUGGAGUAUUCUAGCGGAUGAAAGAAUUUGCUACGAGCAUCUCUUUGCCACAAAUGCAUUUUUCUAUCUUCAGACGCUUAAAUGAUCUUUAUCUGAAACAUGAGAACAAAUCUGAGCUGCUCUGUUAGUUUAUUUUGGUAACCAGUCAUACUGCAGACUUUCAGCACUGCACUUGUAAUUUUCUAGUCAGUCUCUCUUGCUCAUGGAAUAGCUAGGCACGAUUUCACCAGUGCUACAGAAUAUCUAGCUAUUGUGACAACUCUAGACCUGCCUGCUUUCUCUGUGUAAUCAUGUGCAAAGUCUACAGGUUGUAAGUUGAAAUGUUUUAUUGUGUCUCAAAGCACAAGAGCCAAUGAAUUGAUCCUGUUUCUUGAUUAGCUUCUACAAUAUAGAGAAAUAUGUAUAAACUAAAGAUUGUAAGAUGUCUUUGUAGCUAUACUUUCUCAGUGACGUCAGUAUAUAUUUAAAGGGACAGACUUGUCGGGACUGGUUUGUUCAUAUAGUAAUGUUAAUGUAGCCCACUGUAUUGUAUACAACUAUUGUGUUGCCUCACACUGUGUGUGAUUCUUUUAAGCAGCACCUAAACAUAGAUUCAGAUGGUGCACUUUUGUCCAUCACAUAACUAAGACAAACCAGUUUUUAAUUGCUAUGGCCUUACUGCUCUGUACCAACUACUGCACUGUGCGCACACACUACAUGUCUCCAUUUACAAACCCAGCUUGUAUUUAGUUGGUCAUUUCAUUCUCUGAAGCAUGGUUUCAAUUAAUCCCAUAGUAGUGUUGGUGCUGUGAAGGAUAUAUUAACUUGCUACUGUAGUCACUAGUUCACUGUGAACUGCUACAGUUACUUUAUUUAGCAACUUUGCUUGUGCCUAAAAUAAGGAAACUGAGCUAGAAUGUGUGACACUUUCUGUGGGGACCAGGUCACUCUUUAGUUAACUGGCCUAUAGCUGAACUUGAUGUGUUUGGUGUGUAUCUACUUGACUGCUUUUAGAAUUUAUGGCAUCCAAACACUACUACCAACUGUUAAUCUGUGCAUUAAUCUCUGCAUGUGAACAAUUUAUAUAAUUACUGGACUUUGUAAAUAAGUGAAUUUUUUUAUUUAGGUGGAUGCAUAUUGUUGGUUUACUGCUCUUCAGCUUUAGUCAAUAAACUUACAUUUUGAGGGUUGUA